AUGGUUUUCCUUCGCGACAACGUUUCGCUUCAGAAGCUUAAACAGCAACAUAAAAGCGCGGACGAUGAUCUCGUUGACGACGAACACUCCGCGUUAGAGUUCGCAAUUACUGUCGGGAAAAACGAAGGAUUAGACGUCCAAUUCGUCGAGAAGAAAAAGAAUAAGAAUAAUAACAACAACGAUGGCGAAAUGGAAUGGUGGGUGACCAAAUGCAUCUGCCGCGUAGAAAAUACGGGCGAAACUAUCGAGUUAAAAAUGGAGGAGUCUGCGACGAUCGCCAUGUUGAAGAUGAAACUCAGAACGGAGAUGAAUAAAAAGGCAAAGAAGAUUUACUCCUCCUCCUCCUCUUUAACAACCUCUACGACUUUUACGAAGAGAAACGAUUUCACCGGUGCUAGUACCGCUUCGACGAUGAAGGGGAUGAAUGCAAGGAAUGGUGAGAGAAACGUAAGCGGAGAGCAGCAGCAGAAUGCGAACGAACCGAGAAGAAUAGUCUUGGGUGGAGGGGUGCCUUCCGUUUCGUUAGCUGGCCAGAAUACAAACAUGACGAGAACGAACGUGGAUAGCAUGAAGGAGGACGACUUUAGAGGAUUUGAUGACGACGAUGAUGGUGGUGAGUAUGAAGAUUUAAGAAGAGAUAUGAGCAGAAACAACCAACAACAGCAGCUAGAGAAGAAUACAACGAGUAAUAAGAAGAAUGAAAAUGUUUUCUUGCGAGAUUUGAGCGAGUUCGCUAACGAGCUGGUGGAAGUUGUCGCUCCAAAGCCAAAGGACCAGCCGAUUCAUCACGAUAAAAUGGGAGAAAAUAAGAGCAAUAGUACGAGCAAGAGCAACAAGAACAAUAUAAAUGAACUAGAAACGAUGGGAAGUUGGGAAAAAGUUGACGAAUGGCAGGCGUGGGGAGAAAUCGGACAAGUUCAAGUAAAGCACAGAACAACAACAACAACAACAACAACGCCAACAGCGGCAAUUCAAACCCCGAACGUCACAAUAAACGUAAAGAAGGUAGGAAGAGGAAAGAUAGAACCGAUGAAGCUGAACGCGACAAAAGUCUCUCAAUCGAGGAAAAAGAUGAACUGGUCGUCUUUGUCGUCGCUCUCUUUCGUAUCUAACAUCCAGGACUCUUUUACAAAUAUGGCGGCAAUGUCGACAAAAUACAGCACGAUGGUCGCAGAGCUCGCUCCUGGCUUCGCAUCACACUCGCUUUCUGCUCACAUUAUGAUUUUUGUCACCGUUGCUGCAAUACUCGUGAAGUUGAUGGGUUUUACUUUUUGGUUACUGUGCGUUGUCCUCGUCUGUUACGCUCGAGUGCGAUCAGAAGAGAAUUUGAGAGCUCUCGCGGAGAAAAAAGCGCUGGAUCUACAAUCGAAAUUAGCAAAAGUUCAGGAUGAUUUGGAGCAGUUACAAUUUGCAACAGCAACCGUCGCUGCCAAUACGGCCUCUCGAGGCGGUAGUCUUUCGAGCGGAUCCGCAAGCGUGCUCAACAAUGGGCAAGCUGUAGCGGACGUUUUAUGGAUGAACUCGACGAUAGCAGCGUGUUGGGAUGGUUUCCUUCGAAAUUGGCUCUCUUCGCUGGCUGGAAACUUACUUUCGGACAAGCUCUCCACCGCAAAACCAUCAGUUCUCGAAUCUAUUCAUUUAGCUUCGUUUGAAAUGAAUCACAAGCCGCCGAGCUGCCGAAACGUGAAAGUCCUUCGCUCGAGGAAAGUUUUUGAAGGCGUUAUGUUGGAGUUAGGCGUGGAGCUCUCAGAUAUUGCAUUCAAUAUGACUAUUCAUUCAAAGCUCGCGCAAUUGAAGAUUCCGUUGAAACUCGCAGUUGAACUCGAUGCGACCAAUCUAUUAUUACGCACGAGCGUUCUGCUCAUCGAUAAACCACCGUACGCGGGUUUGCUGAAAACAUCAUUCGCGGAUUUACCAGAGACGAAACUCAAGAUCAUCCCUGAAGGCGUAAGCGGAAGAAUGGGUAAUAUCGCUGAACUUCCAGGGGUUGAUGUAUGGAUUAAGAACUCGAUACAGGAUGCGCUAGUUGAGAAUCUUCUCGAGCCAAAUUCAUACACGUGGAACAUCGAAGAGUUUUUCCAAAUGUAUUAUAAAUAA